AUCUCAAUUUCAGUGCUUUUUGUUUUGCUAUUCAGUCCUCCCAUUUCUUUUGAUUUGCAGUUCUCCCAUUUUUCUGUUGAAAGCAAAUGGGUACGAAGGGGAAGACGAUCGAGGUUUUUGGAUUCGGGCGAGAGGUGAGCGCCGGCGAGGUGAAGGAAUUUAUGGAGAAUCACACCGGAGAGGGAACGGUAUCGAAGGUGAGGAUUUCGAAACCCAAGUACGAAAAAUCCCGGUUGACAUCUGCGAGGGUGGAAUUCAGGAGCAAAGUGGCAGCGGAGUACGUGGUGGAGAAGGCGGAGGCGGAGGAGCGGCUGUGGUUUGGAAGGUGGUAUCUGAAGGCGAGGAGAGUGGAGAGGGAGAGGGAGAGGGAGAUGAGGGUGGAGAGAUUGGAGAGAUUGGAGAAGGUGAGGGUGCAGUUGGGAAGCGUGAUUUGGAAGGAUGAAAUGAGGGUGAUUUGGAGAGGGGAAGAUUGGAGCGUGGAAUAUGGAAAUGGAAUGAGGAAAUUGUGGUUUUAUUUGAGUUAUGGGGUUGAAGAUGAUGACUACAAAAUGGAGCUCCGGUUUGAGAACAUUCUGGGAGUUCAGCUUCGUUGCCCUCACAAUUCAUCUUCCAAUCUUUUUCUCAUUCAGUUGCAGGGUGCUCCACGGAUUUUCAAGAAAUGUCCAUCCUCUUCUUCUUCUUCUUCCUCUCAAUUCUAUUCCAAGGAAUCAACUGGUUUCCGCUGGAUCAGAGAUGUGGAUUUCACUCCAUCGUCUUGUAUUGGACAAUCCUUCGCUCUGUGCUUCGAAGUUUCUCCUGGAGAUCAACUUCCUUCUUUCUUCCAAACAUUGGUCGGCUAUAAAGAAAUCUAUGGCCCUUUCAAACUGUCCACAGGUUCUGCUUUCUCUUCCACUUCAAAUCUCGUUCCUAUCGUUACUCCACCGCAACCAUUUCAUAUCCCUUAUAAAAUUUUGUUCAAAAUCAAUGCCCUAGUUCAACAUGGUUAUCUUCCUGGAUCAGCGCUGGAUGAUAAAUUCUUCCGCCUGGUUGAUCCCACUCGAUUUCGUUCUGACUACAUUGAGUACGCCCUAGAAAAAUUGUUUAGUUUGAAGGAAUGUUGCUAUGAACCACAGAAAUGGCUCAAGCAGCAAUAUCUGUCAUUCUGCAGCUCUAUGCAGCUUCCAUGGAAAGCUAAUAUUUCUUUGGAUGAUAGCCUCGUCUAUGUGCAUAGGGUUCAAAUUACACCUGCUAAGGUGUAUUUUCGUGGUCCGGAGGCGAAUCUUUCUAACAGAGUUGUACGUCGCUUUAUUGAUGAUAUAGAUAAUUUUCUUCGCGUUUCUUUUGUUGAUGAGGAGUUGGAUAAAAUUUAUUCCAGUGAUCUGUCUCCCCGUACGUCUACUGAAAAGAUUGAAAGAACUAGGGUUUAUGAUCGAAUAUUAUCUGUUUUAAGAAAUGGUAUAGUCAUUGGUGGCAAGAAGUUUGAGUUUCUUGCUUUCUCGGCAAGUCAACUUCGUGAAAAUUCGUUUUGGAUGUUUGCUUCGAGGGAGGGGCUUAAUGCAGCAGAUAUCAGGGAGUGGAUGGGUGACUUUCGUGAGAUAAGAAAUGUGGCGAAAUAUGCUGCUCGACUCGGUCAAUCUUUUGGCUCGUCCAGAAAAACUUUGUGUGUUGAAGAAAAUGAAAUUGAAGUUAUUCCUGAUGUAGAAGUUGAACGGAAGAACAUCAAAUAUUGUUUCUCUGAUGGGAUUGGAAAGAUAUCCGAAGCAUUGGCUGAGAUGGUUGCUGAAAAAUGUGGUUUGAUCAGUCAUACACCAUCUGCAUUCCAGAUCCGAUAUGCUGGAUACAAGGGCGUUGUUGCUGUUGAUCCCACAUCCAAAAAGAAAUUGUCAUUAAGAAAGAGUAUGUUGAAGUAUAUGUCACUUGACACUCAACUUGAUGUUUUGUCAUGGAGCAAGUACCAACCCUGUUUUCUCAACCGUCAGGUGAUCAACCUUCUGUCCACUCUUGGAAUUCAGGACGACGUUUUUGUGAAACAACAAAAGAAGGCUGUUGAUCAACUUGAUUCUAUUCUAAGAGAUCCAUCAAAGGCAUUAGAAGUGUUGGAAUUGAUGUCCCCGGGGGAAAUGACUAGUGUUCUGAAGGACAUGCUUUUGUUUUACAAUCCACACGAAGAGCCUUUUCUAAAUAUGAUGCUACGGACGUUUCGAGCAGAUAAAUUGUUAGAUUUGAGGACCAAAUCAAGGAUAUUUGUUCCUGAGGGAAGGACAAUGAUGGGUUGCCUGGAUGAAACCCGGACCCUUGAGUAUGGGCAGGUGUUUAUUCACUGCUCUGUCCCUGGGAGAUCAAGCGAAAGUAAUUUUGUUGUCAAAGGUAAAGUGGUGGUUGCUAAAAAUCCCUGUUUACACCCAGGGGAUGUGCGUGUGCUCGAUGCUGUUGAUGUGAAAACUCUGCAUCAUAUGGUGGAUUGUGUUGUUUUUCCACAGAAAGGGAAAAGGCCUCACCCAAAUGAAUGCUCUGGGAGUGAUUUAGAUGGUGACUUAUACUUUGUUUGUUGGGAUCCGGAGUUGACUUGUAUUAGACCAAUUAAACCUAUGAGCUACGAGCCUGCACCAACCAUUCAGUUGGAUCAUGAUGUGACAAUUGAGGAAGUGCAGGAAUACUUUGCCAACUACAUGGUGAAUGAUGGUCUUGGUGGCAUUGCAAAUGCUCACACUGUCUUUGCUGAUAAGAAGCCUAAGAAGGCAAUGAGUGCUGAAUGCAUUGAGCUUGCAAAACUAUUCUCUAUUGCUGUUGACUUCCCGAAAACUGGUGUGCCAGCAAACUUGCCGCGCUCUCUUCGUGUCCAUGAGUAUCCAGACUUCAUGGAAAAACCUAAUAAACGGACUUAUACAUCGAAUGGUGUUAUCGGGAAGCUUUUUCGAGGAGUGAAAGAUGUUUCUUCAGACAUCAACAACAUUGAAACCUUCACUAGGGAAGUUGCUGCCAAGUGCUACGAUCCAGACAUGGAAGUUAUGGGUUUUGAAAAUUAUUUAAGUGAAGCUUUUGACUACAAAAGCAUGUACGACUUCAAGUUGGGUAACCUAAUGGAUUAUUAUGGUAUAGAAACAGAACCUGAAUUAGUGAGUGGAAAUAUUCUGAGGAUGGGAAAGUCUUUCGAUAAAAGGAAUGACAUGGAACAAAUUAGCCUUGCCAUGAGGUCGCUAAGAAAGGAGGCUAGGGGUUGGUUCAACGAGAAGGGAAGUAAGUCUAUUUACAACAACAACAAAGACGAAGACGAUGAAUAUGCAAAAGCAUCCGCUUGGUACCAUGUUACGUAUCACCCGAACUUCUGGGGUCGUUACAAUGAAGGUAUGCAAAGAGAUCAUUUUUUGAGUUUUCCAUGGUGCGUUUCUGAGAAGCUUAUUCAAAUCAAAAGGGAGAAGAUGGAGUCUUCCCCAGUGUCAUCUCUGAUACACAAAUUUGGUAAGCUGAGUUUCUACUAGCUUUAAUGGUCAAUAAUUUUAUGAAGUAUUUUAAUAAGGUUCUCUAAUGGUUAAAGUAAUAGUAAGGAGAUGAUGAUGUCUGUGUCCUUGAGUUCUAAGAUGAUUGUGUCCUUGAGUUCUAAGAUGAUGGUGAUGAAAAAGCAAGCUUGAGAUCUGGAAAUGUGUCUAUUACAUUAUAUUUUCUAUAAUAUGGUCAGUGGAGUUUGAGACAAAUUGUUAUAGUUAUUAAAGAAC